AGUGUGUCCUUUCUCAGGUGUCAGCUCCGUUGUGUAGUAAAUAGAUCUCUCAUACUCACUGCUGCUCAGAGGACACCUCGCUCAUGGAGCGGUGACACACUUUCGUUUCCCAGCAUGCAGCAGGAGCUUUGGCUGAGGGCCCUUCUUGAUACCUGCGUGUGCAAUGAGAUCGGCCACUGCGCAAACACUCCCGACAAGACCGUCCGAACAAGAACUCAAAAAUGCCUUAUCUAACUGCGCCGCAGGACACAACCACAACUCCAGCAGACCAGCACAGUCCAGAGCAAAGACGUCCACAGACACAGUUAAUUGUACUUCUUUGCAUCAUCAUGGCCAUAAUCGAGAUAAAUGUGAUAUUGCCGAGGGCCCCUGGAACCUAAACAACCCGGUGAAAGCCUCGAGGAGCCACCAGGAGCUUCACAAAGAGCUGUUACUGGCCCACAAAAAGCGGGACAGAGGGCUGGUGGUGGGCUGUAAGCCGGAGCUUCAGGCGGUUCUGGAGAGGAGGAAGAGAGAGAAGAGCCAGAGGGAGGAGGGAGAGCAGAGCAGGAGUCCUCUAGAGCAGGUGCUUCUCCAGCGCCAGCAGAAACACCAGGAGAUGAUGAAGGAGAAGGAAGACGAGGAGAAGUUACAUGAGGAGAUUCAGUUGUUGGAGUUUGUGCGAGUGAGACAGAACCUGAAGAGAGUCCACACAGCUCUACAGAAGAACAUUCACUCCUGAAUCUGACUAAACACAUACUUCACUUGGCUUCAUUUUGUUGUAUCCAUUAUGAUCUUGUUAACCUUUUUUCAUACAUUUUUAGUCUGAUAGUUGACUACAUAAUUUAAUAAUGUAAAAAAAAAAACUAAAAAAAAAAAACUAGCCUACCAAUGGUACAGUCUUAGUUCCUUCUAAAUACCAUUAUUACUAACUACUAAGGUUAUUGAUAAGCCCUAGUUCUGUAAAACAAACUAUACUUCAAACAGUGAUUCACAAACUGUAAUAUUUUGCUGAGAGUGGUGGGAAUUUUUUGGUAGAAACCCUUAAUAUCACAGAGUACUGAAAUAACACUCAUCUACCGUGACACAAGUUCUAACGACGUUUUCACAUCUAUUUUUUUUUUUUUUUUUGGUAGGCUACUUAAAAAAUAACGUGGCAAAUUGCCGUGGUAAUUGUUUUUGUAUUGGGUUUGAAAGUUGUAAAUGUCAGUAUUCUAAAAUCAAACCAGUACGACCUAUUCAUAUUGUAUUUACUUAACAUGGCUUUAAUUGAUAUAACGAAUCCUGCAAUAAAGCUCCAUCUACUUCAAGUACUAGUAGG